UCGGCUUUUAAAUAAUGUCAAAAAAGUUCACAAAAUGAAAUUUUGUAAUGUAAACAUCCAUAUGAAUUACAAAGUGCAAUUUAUUGAGCCAAACAUAGAAUUCGAUAGUAUUAAUAGUAGGGAUGAACGAUUACUCUUCUUUUAUAGAUAAACACAAAAUAAUUAACGCUGAACCCACAGCAUGCUAUGUAUCAGAGUUUAUAACACCAGAAGAAGAAAAAUAUAUAUUAAACAACAUUUACGCUGCUCCCAAACCAAAAUGGACGCAACUGUCCAAUAGAAGAUUACAAAAUUGGGGUGGAAUUCCACAUAAUAAAGGAAUGAUAGCCGAAGAUAUACCAGGUUGGCUUCAAACCUACUUGGAUAAAAUACAUUCCUUAAAUUUAAUGAGGGGUAAUAAGCCAAACCAUGUCCUUGUUAAUGAGUAUCUGCCGAAGCAAGGAAUCCUACCUCAUUUAGAUGGAUUCCUAUUUUAUCCCACCAUUACAACUAUAUCUGUUGGAUCCCAUGCAAUAUUAAAGUUUUUCGAAGCAUCUGAUAAUGGUUCACUGAGUCACGUAUUCUCUCUGUUGUUGGAACCGAGAAGUCUAUUGGUGCUGCAAGAUGAAAUGUUCAAACAUUAUUUACAUGGCAUAGAAGAGGUCAAUGAAGAUGCUAUAGAUGACUCCAUUGUUAAUCUAAACAUGUGUUCAGAUCGAUAUACAAAAGGCACUACAGUGGCUCGUGGAACUAGAGUGUCCUUAACAAUAAGACAUGUGCCGAAAACGACUAGCUUUAAAAUAAAAAUUGGCAAUAAAAAAUAACCACAU